CUUCUCAUUCCCAUUUUACUAUAAGAGGUUCCACUUCCGUAAAACCCUAGUUCUGUGCUCGCCUCCGCCUCAGAUUCCAGCAUCAGAUCUGACAGAUCGAAGAAAAGGUAAUGUCUCCAAAGCAGCCACAUACUGGCUUAUUUGUCGGCCUGAACAAAGGCCAUGUCGUGACCCCGAAGGAAUUAGCUCCCCGCCCCUCGGCUAGGAAAGGGAAAACGAGCAAGAGAGUGCACUUUGCAAGGAGCCUUAUCCGGGAAGUUGCUGGGUUUGCACCAUAUGAGAAGAGAAUUACUGAGCUGCUUAAAGUUGGCAAGGACAAGCGUGCUUUGAAGGUAGCGAAGAGAAAGUUGGGCACCCACAAGAGGGCCAAGAAGAAGAGAGAAGAGAUGUCUAGCGUUCUUCGGAAAAUGAGGGCUGCUGGAGGUGGAGAAAAGAAGAAGUGAAGUCUUGUUUCUUAGUCUCUCUGUUGUCAGAGUGAAAAUCAAAAAUUUGGGUGGUUGUGUUUGCUCUGGAUUAGUUAAUACUGUUUCAUUUAGCUUUCAAUCUAUUUUGUUUUUUAGAACACAAAAUUAUUGUCAGAAAUUGAUUUUAUGUUGGUAUUAUCACAUCUUUGGUUAUUUUAUUAGUGAA